AUGGGACAGAAUGGCUCACAAAGGGGCUCCUGGUUUGUCCCCUCGUCCAUCCACCCGCUGUUCCUCUCCCAGCUGUCACCCUCUGCAGAUCUGGCUGUCGCUGUCUUCCUCACCCUCAUGGGGGUCACAUCGGUGCUGGGGAAUGGCAUGGUCCUGUUUGUCCACUGUAGGAAAAGAAAGAAGCUCAGACUUCCGGAGCUCAUGACCGUCAACCUGGCUCUCUGCGAUUUUGGCUCCAGUCUCUUGGGAGUGCCGUUUUUCAUCAUUUCCAGCCUGUGUCACGCCUGGGUGUUUGGAGAGACAGGGUGUCUUUUGUAUGGCAUUCAGGGCUUUGUGUUUGGCAUCGGCUCUCUCCUCACCACCUGUCUCAUCUCUCUGGACCGUUGCCUCAAGAUCUGCUGCUUACGAUAUGGUCAAUGGAUUGAGAGGCGCCAUGUGUCUCUGUCAAUAGCUCUAGUGUGGGUUUACACGUUGUUCUGGGCCUCCCUUCCCGCUUUUGGUUUUGGAAGCUACGGACCAGAGCCUUAUGGGACCAGCUGCACCAUCAACUGGUGGAGAAUGAGGUCGUCUCUAAUUGACAGGAUCUAUAUCUUCCUCAUCCUGACACUAUGCUUUGGAUUUCCCACACUCACCAUCAUUGCUUCAUAUUUGGCCAUUCUGCUGACGGUGUACAGAUCUAAUCGGACUCUGGCAUCUAUAGCAUCCUCCUCUGUCAGUCACACCAGCAAAGACUUGAGGCUUGCAAAGAUGGCUGCUGUGGUGUGCACCACCUUCCUCCUGGCCUGGUUGCCGUACGCCACCGUGUCUCUGAUCUCUGCCCUCAUCCCCAGAGACGAGCAACAGGCAGAGGGCACUUUACAAACUGUGGUGGAGGAGUUCAGCGGCAUGGCCUCUGCAAAAAUCCUGGACUUCCCCUCAUUGGUCAACUGGACCACCACAGAAUAUUACAGACAAAUCCACUACAACCCCAUGGAGAAGGGGAGUGAUGUGUCCAACAUGGGCGAAGAAGCCAAGCCAAUCCCCAGGAGCCCCCAGCCGUUCUCCUGUCUGCCACCUGUAGUCACUUUGAUCCCUGCUAUGUUUGCCAAGUCCCACUGCAUGAUUAACCCUUUAAUCUACCAGAUUAUGAACUGGGAGUUCAGGGACGAUGUCUAUGUGAUGCUGUGUGGACAAGAGAAGGCAGAGAGGAGGCGACAGCAGGGAAGACAGGGGAGUUUAUGUGAAAGUAAGAACCAUAAAGGGAGCAUCAGCCUGUCCUACUGCCAUAGCUGGAGGAGGAAGAGGAGCAACCCUACAUCCUCACCUGUAGAAAAAAGAAACACAAGUCUGAAGAAAGAGAAGAACCAAGGGAGGAGCAGCAGAGGACGAAUAGGCUCCUGGGCAGAUAACAUCUCAGUGGGAGCUGAUGCAUUGGACUUUGCCUCCUUGGACACUCAGGGAAACAUGGAGAUGCACUGCAGCGCUGGUGGACAAAAGGAAACGAGAAGAAACCUGAGAGGGUCCACAUCCAGCACUGCCUCUGUCUGA